AUGAAGUCCUUCAUUGCUGCCGCGGCCUUUGUUGGCUCUGCUCUCGCUCAGAGCCUUUCAGAUCUCCCUCAAUGCGGUCAAACUUGCAUCAACAACAUGCUUGCUGAGGCUGGUAACCUUGGUUGCCCUCCUGUCAACGGCCAGCCCGACGCCGUCUGCCUCUGCGCCAACGCCAACUUUGGCUAUGGUGUUCGCGACUGCACCCGCGCCGUCUGCCCUGCCGAUGCCGUCAAUGGGGUCAUCGACUACGGUCUCCAAUACUGUGCUGGUGCUGCUAGCAGUGCCUCUGGUUCUGCUUCUGGCUCCGCCCUGUCCGCUACCGAGGCCUUGACUGCCACCGGCUCCCUUGGCGGAGCUGCUGGUGGUAUGGUCACCACCAUUGUCUCGGACGGCAGCACCAUAGUCAGCACUAUUACCGGCGCUGCUGGAGGUAUGGUCACCACCAUUGUCUCGGACGGCAGCACCAUGGUCAGCACCAUCACCGACGGCGCCGGUGCCGCUGGCGCAAUCGUGACCACCAUUGUUAGUGAUGGAAGCACUCAAGUCAGCACCCUCACCGGUUCCGCUGCUUCAGCUGCUGCCUCUGCCACCGAAUCGGGCGGUUCUGCUGCUUCUUCUGCCACCGAGUCGGCCGGUUCUGCUGCAUCUGGUGCAUCCGAGUCUGCUUCGUCUGGCCUCUCGUCCGCUUCCGAAUCUGCCUCGUCCGAAGCUGGUGCCGCCUCUUCUUCAGCAUCUGGUGCCGCCUCAAGUGCCAGUGAGAGUGCCGGUUCCGCGGCUAGCAGCGCUACCGGUAGCGAGAGCAGCGGCAACUUUGCGCCUAUGGCUACUGUUGCCACCCAUGGCCUUGCUGGUGUCGCUGGUCUGGCUGCCAUCAUGCUCCUGUAA